AUGUGCAUCGCCCCGCGCAGGGGUCCUUUGCUACUAAUAUGCCUGCGCAAGGCUAUCAAUAUCAGAAUAAGAGGCGUGGCCCUCCUCAAUACACACCCGCGCAGGGUAUGUGCAGUCAUUAUCCCUCGCAGGGACCAGGCCCAAGCAACUGCCAACAUUGUCCUGCGCAGGGAACAAACAAUAGUGGGGACCAGAGGACAAAUCAACGUCGAGAUAACACCACAUAUCGUCCCCGAAACUGGCGUCCUAAUCGGAACGGGCGCGACACCCGUGGCAAUAAGCGGAGCGCAUCCCCUUCUUACAAAGAUAACUCUAAUAAGCGAAGGCGCUUUUGACUCGAGGCCCUUCCAAGCAGGACAACUACAACAUUUUUACAAAAAAUGGAAAGACCUACAAGCACCGCCUUUCAUUUUAAAAAUAAUUCAGGGGUAUCGCAUACCCUUCUUAACGAAACCGCCUCUCAUAGCACCACCUCAAAACGAGAGCUAUGCAACACGGUCAUCGCCGGAAAUGACUGCGGUAAUUCGGGAACUGAGAGAUCAGGGGGCCUUAGAGACAGCCACCACCAGCCCAAGCUUUUUAUCAACAAUGUUUCUGGUGGAAAAGGGGGAUGGCUCCCAAAGGCCCAUUUUCAACCUACGGGCCCUGAAUUUCUAUGUCCGAACCGAAUCCUUCCGUUUGAUAAAUGUUGUCAAAAUACAGGAUUUUCUUCAAAGCAGGGACUGGCUUGCAAAGAUAGACCUGUCUCAAGCAUAUUUUCAUAUCCCGAUUGUGAAAAGUCAUCGGAGGUUCCUGCGACUUGUUUACCAAAACCAGCUGCUGCAGAUGACAUGUCUCGCGUUUGGCUUGAGUUCGGCACCAAAAGUUUUCGCUUCAGUUACGAAUUGGAUCGCUCAAGUACUGAGAGAGCGUGGAGUGAGAAUCCUGGUUUAUUUGGACGAUUUUUUAAUAGCUCACCAGAACCCACAUACUCUCGAAACCCACAUAAAUAUGGCGACGAAAUUGCUGCAAGAGUUGGGAUGGCAGAUCAAUUGGGAGAAAUCCAUCUUAAAUCCCAGGACCCGCCUAGAGUACUUGGGUAUAAUAUGGGAUCCGUGGAACGACGAAAAAAGUCUCCCCGAAAAGAAAGUACUCAAAAUAUUGAGCUUCAUAUCGAAUCUUGUUCACCAACAGGGUGCGGAUCUCAAAGAACUGCAAUCUUUAGCGGGGAUGCUGAACUUUGCAAGUUUCGUAGUACCGAGAGGUCGCCUAAACUUUCGUCACAUACAGAACAGAGUCAACCAGCUUCUGUAUCAACACCCGAAAAAGCGGUUCUUACUCCCCAGCGAAACACUGGCAGAAAUGAAUUGGUGGAAGACCAAUUGUCGGAACACAUCGCCUAUGCAGAUCCCUCCACCAACACAUUAUUUAACAACCGACGCAUCGGAUGUGGCAUGGGGAGGAAAGUUGAACAAUGCGCACUUCUCGGGUCUUUGGACUGCAGCAGAGAAGAAAUUGCACUGCAACCAAAAAGAACUACUGACUAUCCUCAAAAUUCUGCAGCUGAAUCAGUCUCACGAUCUGUACGACGCUUCGCUAUUAAUUCAGAGCGACAGCCGAACUGUGGUAGCAUAUCUGAGAAACGAAGGCGGUACUCGGUCGGACAUGCUUAUGACCUUAACCUACAAGAUAUACCAGUUUCUGGAUAUGUUUCGGAUUCGGCUGCGUAUCUACCAUCUUCCAGGAAUAUACAAUGUCGAAGCCGACCACCUUUCAAGGCUAAAGGUGCUCCCCGAGUGGCAUUUGCUACCAAAAGCCACGUCACCAAUCUUUCGCAAGUGGGGAACGCCUCAAAUCGACCUGUUCGCAUCCCGGACGGCGCAUGUAGUAGCGGCGUACUGUUCACUGGAUCAGACCGACAGUCAGGCGCUAUUUUGCGAUGCUCUGAGCCUAAUGUGGAGUUUCAAACUAGCAUGGGUCUUUCCGCCCCCAUGUUUGAUACCCAGAAUCCUACACCACCUAAAUCAAGCCAGUGGAGUGUAUUUGAUGGUAGUCCCCAGAUGGGAGAGAGUGUUUUGGCGCGCGGACCUAAAGAGUCGAGCCAUGGGGCCCCCACAUACGAUAUGGAACUUGAAGGACGUACUAGUCGAUGUAGCCACCGGUCUUCCUCCGCCGAAAGUAGAUCAAAUGACCCUGGAGGUCUGGAGGUGUGGGGGUGGUCGAGGGACCUAG